GAUUCGCAGGGACUCUGAAAUUGCUAGCAGGAGGAAUCAUUCAUGGCAGAAACAAUACCCUUCAAAAACCUCCACAGUAGGGAAUAUCAGGGCCACAAGAAGAAGGUGCAUUCGGUAGCGUGGAAUUGCACUGGCACAAAGCUUGCGUCUGGUUCUGUAGAUCAAACGGCUAGAGUGUGGCAUAUCGAGUCCCAUGGUCACAGCAAGGUUAAAGAUCUUGAGCUAAAGGGGCAUACCGAUAGCGUGGAUCAGUUGUGUUGGGAUCCUAAACAUGCUGAUUUGAUUGCCACUGCAUCGGGUGACAAGACUGUUCGUCUAUGGGAUGUUCGCAGUGGAAAAUGUUCACAGCAAGCAGAACUUAGUGGGGAAAACAUUAAUAUCACAUAUAAACCAGAUGGGAGUCAUGUAGCCGUGGGGAACAGGGACGAUGAACUGACAAUACUGGAUGUAUGGAACUUCAAGCCCAUCCAUAAACGCAAAUUCAACUAUGAGGUAAAUGAAAUUGCGUGGAACAUGACUGGGGAUAUGUUCUUCUUGACUACUGGAAAUGGUACUGUUGAAGUACUGGCCUACCCAUCUCUUCGAGCAGUUGACACCUUGACGGCUCAUACAGCUGGUUGCUAUUGCAUUGCUAUUGACCCCUUAGGGAGAUAUUUUGCUGUUGGAAGUGCCGACUCCUUGGUCAGUCUUUGGGAUAUCUCAGAAAUGCUUUGUGUGCGAACGUUCACAAAGCUCGAAUGGCCGGUCCGGACCAUAAGCUUCAAUCAUACUGGUGAAUAUAUUGCUUCUGCUAGUGAAGACUUGUUCAUUGACAUAUCAAAUGUACACACUGGACGGUCGGUUCAUCAAAUCCCGUGUAGGGCAGCCAUGAACAGCGUGGAAUGGAAUCCCAAAUACAAUUUGCUUGCAUAUGCUGGGGAUGACAAAAAUAAGUAUCAGGCUGAUGAAGGUGUUUUUCGGAUAUUUGGAUUUGACAGUGCAUAAACUUCAAUAUUACACAGCAGCAGCAGCAGCAGCAGCAUCUGUUUUUAGUUGCCAGCCCUGUACUUUUUAUCUGUUAUUUAAUGUCAUCGACGAUCGUCUUUCUCCUCUUUUUGUUUUCAAUUAUGUAAACCAGAUCUUUUGGGGUGAUGUAAAAGAAUUGGCUUUGUU